CAUAUCCAACUCAAAUUCCUGAAACACGGCAAAAAAACGCUGUCGUUUUGAUGUGUUCAUCGCUUACUUCUGCUGUUUACAGUUAGUAGUUAGUUGUAGCCACCUCUCUACUCAACUCUCUCUGCUUCAAACAAAUGGCAUUUUCCCGUUUCUCUCUUAUUUUCUCUCUCUUCAUUUCUUCCAUUAUCUUUUUCAAUCACUCAGUUAAAUGCGACCAUGAUGAGGAAGAUGAUCUUUAUCAGGGAGUCAACAAGUAUCGCACAUCAUUAAACUUGACAUCUCUAACAAAGAAUGAAAACGCUAAUUGUUUUGCUGAAGAAUUUGCUGAUCAGUUCAAGAAUCAACCUUGUACAAAUACCACAGGUGCUAACACAAUACCAGGUACUGAGCCUCAGUUCUCCAACUAUCCAGAACUUUUAUCUAAAUGCCACUUAAAUAUUUCCGACACAAGAGAUGGAUCUGUAAUGCCUGCCUGUGUUCCUGGCUUGGUUCCAAGCCUUGUCCUUGCUAAUUUCACGGGUUCACUCUACUCGCAAAAUCUCAAUGACUCAAAGUUUACUGGAAUUGGUAUUGGUUCAAAAGAUAAUUGGAUCAUUGUUGUACUGACAACGAACUCUUCUGAUGGAAGUUUUCUUCCUGAUACUUCGAAUGGUGCCAAUUUUAUUUCCAAAAUUGGAUUGGUUUACUGCUCAAUGCUCUUGUUAUUUGGUAACUUUUUUCUGUUUUGACCAAGAUGUUGUUAACUAUAAAUAAUGGAGGCUAUUUUUUUCAGUGAAACAUAGAGGAAUUGUAGUCAUGACUACAUUUGUUGCUUCAAUAUUGUCAAGUGCUUGUAAAAAAAAAGAAUGUAUCUAGGACUGUUAUCUUAUUGUUAUGAGUUAUGAAAAUCAUAAAAAGAUUUUCUUUUGUUUAAAGCUUUUAAGUUUUCCAAAUCAGAACAGGAGCCAAUAAAUUGUUCCA